AUGCAUCUUUCUUCAGUCCUCGCCGUUGCUCUCUCUGCCCCCAGCCUUACCAAUGCUGUUCUUUUCCAUCGCAACCCAAAUCCAGCCUUGACCUGGCAGGUAUCUAAUUUCACCUACCACUGUUCUCCCGGGGGCUGUGUCUACGUCUUCAGCAUCCACGGCGCUGAAACCAAGAACACUCCCGGAUUCACGGCCGACUGUUUGAUACCGAACUCAGGAAAAGAAGAGGAAUACACUCAGUGCGACAACGAACAAGUCAAAGCCAAAGUGACCCCCGCGGCUGAUUUCAUACGGAAUGUCAAGGUGGAGUAUAGUUGGCUACAGGGCGUUACUGCUGAGUUCCACGCGCGAGGCCAGAUUAAUAUCACUUUAACCGACACCUACUUUACCAUUCCGGUGACUGAGGUGUCUGGUAUUGCUUGA